AUGGACGCUAGGGACUGUGAUGCAGAACCAGGGCCCCCUGCCUAUUCCUGUGUUGCCUCCUGGUGGGCUAUGGUCCUGAGGAACCUGCGGCUUUUCCCACGCUCCUGCUCAGCACUUGGGAGGAAAAUCGCUGCUGAGUACAGAAGCUUCACAAGUAAAUCUCUCAAGGAACACAUUUUCCCUCCACUGAUGAAUAUGCUGAUAUAUUUCAAUUUUUUUAAAUGUCCCCUUCUCGUGGAUUUAAAGAGACCUGAGACAAAGAUUGCUCACACAGUGAACUUCUUCCUCAGGUCUGAGCCUGGGGUGCUGCUUGGCAUCUGGCACACAGUCCCCAGCUGCCGGGGGGAAGAGGCCAAGGGGAAGUGUCGAUGCUGGUACGAAGCAGCACUCAGUGAUGGGAACCCGAUUAUUAUUUAUCUCCAUGGCAGUGCACAACACAGGGCGACUCCUCGGAGAAUUAAGCUGGCACAGGUGCUGAGUGAUGGUGGCUUCCAUGUCUUGUCUGUGGACUACAGAGGGUUUGGGGAUUCUACAGGAACACCCACAGAGGAGGGACUAACCACAGAUGCUAUUUGUGUCUAUGAAUGGACCAAGGCAAGAAGCGGUGGAACUCCUGUGUGUCUGUGGGGCCAUUCUCUGGGGACAGGAGUCGUAACAAAUGCUGCGAGAGCACUAGAGUUGAAAGGAUGUCCGGCUGAUGCCAUUGUCUUAGAAGCUCCAUUUACUAACAUGUGGGUAGCGACUAUCAAUUAUCCUUUGCUAAAGAUUUACCAGAAGCUUCCAAGAUGUUUAAAAACGCUUAUGGAUGCCCUUAAAGAAGACAAAAUAGUCUUCCCUAGUGAUGAAAAUGUGAAGUUUCUGUCAUCCCCGCUUCUCAUCUUGCAUGGAGAAGAUGACAAGACAGUGCCUCUGGAGUGUGGAAAGCAGCUCUAUGAAAUUGCACGCAGUGCCUACAGGAACAAAGACAGGGUCAAAAUGGUUGUCUUUCCUCCUGGCUUCCAUCACAACCUUCUCUGUGAAAGCCCCAUGUUGAUAAGAAGUGUGAGAGACUUUUUGAGCCAGCAGUGGGCAUGA